GUCAUUGUCUCCAAGGAUAGAAAGCAAGCUGCGAGCGAGCCGGCAACACAAGGCAAAAGCUUGAAAUUUGCUAUUUUACUACACCCUCUUGGCAACUUUUCUUGCAAAUUCCCAUUAUUUCUUCUUCUUUCUUCUUUUUUCUUCUUUCUCUUAUUACUUAACCUCGAAGUCUUCCUUCUCCUUCUUCUCCUUUCCCAAAUAUUCUCUGCCUGACUGUCUCAGAGGCCUAACCUAAAUCCGCACCAGCUUUUUUCUUCUGGUUUUUCCAUGGCAGCUUCAAUCCCAACCAUCAAGCACCACAAGCUCAAUGCUGAACCGCGCAAACAAGACCCCAGUAAGUUCUAUUAUCAUUUUCUCUACAAAGCCCUCAUCGUCGCCAUUUUCUUGGUUCCAUUGUUCCCUUCUCAAGCUCCUGAAUUCAUCAACCAGUCUCUUGUCUCCAGAAACUGGGAGCUUCUUCACCUUCUCCUCGCCGGUAUUGCCAUCUCUUACGGCGUCUUUUGCCGUCGCAACGAUACCACUGAGAAGGAAAUUAACAACUCCAAGUUCGACGCGGCACAGUCUUAUGUUUCUAGGUUUCUUCAGGUCUCUUCUUUCUUUGAAGAUGAUACUGAAAGCGAAACCCAUCGCCAUCUAGUGAUGACGAAAGCAAAAUCCAGACUUGGAGUAAUUAUCAGUAUCGUAGGAAUGAGCCUGUCGUUGUCGUUGCUCCUAAACACUCUAAUUCUAACUUCAGGAUUAGCGAAAAACCUUUGCCUUUGCCGGUUCGGAGCUUGUGAAUCGAAUUCCGCCUCUGUUUCUGUUAAUGGGUCUGGUUCUAAAUCUGGUUCUAGAAGAUUUUCCAGAAAUGCAGAAACGGAAGGUUCUGGUCGUCCGACAAUGGAGGAUAGGUCGAAGGACAACGUUGUACUUCCUUCUCCAAUCCCAUGGCGAUCUGAAUCUCUCAUGAAGCUCCACAAUUCGCGUUCAUCACGACCAAAUUCUUCCAUAUCUUCUUCCUCACCACCUCUGUCUUCCCCAAAGUCAAAGGACCAAUCUUUAUUAUCAGAAUCACUGGCCAAAAAUUCAGAGGACAUAGUGAUCAAGAACAAAGGUUUUUACAAGUCCUCUAUUCCUCCUCCUCCUCCACCCCCACCAAUGCUUUUCAAAUCAAUCUCCAUGAAACCAAGAAACAGCUCGUUCAAUCAAUCAGGUUCCUCUGAUAAGGACUUGAAGCGAAGCUUCACGAGUGAGAGAAAAGAUAAGUCAAUAGGUCUCUUUUUUGAAAAUAACAAAGCGAGAUUGGAAGCUGAAGAAGAAGAAGAACAAAGAAAGGCAAUGGCUUCUGUGCGAUUUGCAGAGGAAGAAGACAACAAGGUGAUAAUGGGGUUCGAUGAAGACGACACAGAAAGUGAAGAUGAAGGUGAUGAUGAAGCAGGACGAAGCAGGAUUCUGAAAGACAGAGACUGUGGGAGAGAAGGACCAGAUGUGGAUAAGAAAGCUGAUGAGUUCAUAGCCAAAUUCAGAGAGCAAAUCAGGCUUCAAAGAAUUGAUUCUAUCAAGAGGAGUGCCAAUCGAAUGGCCAGAAAUCUUCAAGGUAAACCCAAAAAAAAAAAAAAACCAAAAGGAAGGGGGAUUAAAAAAGCAACUCUUGAAGACAAUUCUCUGCGUUAUUAACAAUUAAUAGAAGAUGUAAUGGAAGUGGAUGUUUUGUUUCCACAGAUAAAAAUUAAACUUUAAUCCUAUUAGUCAUUUAUAGACAGAUUUACCUAUUUUAAGUA